UGGUCUAGCCCCUGACCUCACUAGGGUUAGGAGUGGAAGCUGAACUGUGGGAGGCUGCCUGGACCCCACUUGGUAAGCAUGGCACUGCUCAAAGUCAAGUUUGACCAGAAGAAGCGGGUCAAGUUGGCCCAGGGGCUCUGGCUUAUGAACUGGCUGUCUGUGUUGGCUGGCAUCAUCCUCUUCAGCCUGGGGCUCUUCCUGAAGAUUGAGCUCCGCAAGAGGAGCGAAGUGAUGAAUAACUCUGAAAGCCACUUUGUCCCCAAUUCCCUGAUAGCGGUGGGGGUGUUGUCCUGUGUCCUCAAUUCUCUGGCUGGCAAGAUCUGCUAUGACGCUCUGGACCCUGCCAAGUACGCCAAGUGGAAGCCUUGGCUGAAGCUGUACCUGGCCGUCUGCGUCCUCUUCAACAUCAUCCUUUUCCUCGUGGCUCUUUGCUGCUUCCUGCUGCGGGGCUCCCUGGAGAGCACCCUGGCUUCCGGGCUCAAGAAUGGGAUGAAGUACUACCGGGACACUGACACCCCAGGUAGAUGCUUCAUGAAGAAGACCAUCGACAUGCUUCAGAUCGAGUUCAGGUGUUGUGGCAACAACGGCUUCCGGGACUGGUUCGAGAUUCAGUGGAUCAGUAAUCGCUACCUGGACUUUUCCUCCAAGGAAGUCAAAGAUCGCAUCAAGAGCAACGUGGAUGGGCGGUACCUGGUGGACGGCGUCCCUUUCAGCUGCUGCAACCCCAACUCACCACGGCCCUGCAUCCAGUACCAGCUUACCAACAACUCGGCACACUACAGCUAUGACCACCAAACCGAGGAGCUCAACCUCUGGCUGCGGGGUUGCAGGGCCUCCCUGCUGAGUUACUACAGCGGCCUCAUGAACUCCAUGGGUGUGGUCACAUUCCUUGUCUGGCUCUUUGAGGUGAGCAUUACUGCCGGACUCCGCUACCUGCACACGGCGCUGGAAAGUGUGUCCAACCCCGAGGACCCUGAGUGCGAGAGUGAGGGCUGGCUGCUGGAGAAAAGUGUGCCCGAGACCUGGAAGGCCUUUGUGGAGAGCUUUAAGAGGCUGGGCAAGAGCAAUCAGGUGGAGGUCGAAGGCGCAGAUGCAGGCCAGGCCCCAGAGGCUGGCUGAUGGCUUGGGAUCUCUCCCCUCGUCAACACUUAGCGGACUCCAGGAAAUGUGGAUACCCCCUUGUCCAGCUGAAAGCCCGAAUUUCCUAAGAAAGCCGGGUACCUACUGACUCUCCUUGACAGUGGGCUUUGAAGUUCAGGGUCCUUAGGGCAUGCGACAAACAUUUGUGAAAUGACUGCGUUCACAUGUGUGUGAGUGAACCCUUCACCAUAGACAUGCAGUCUCACGGGCCGGCCGGCCCAGGAUUCAUCUCCGCCCUGUGAGUCCAGCUCUCCCACAGGUGACUGGCCACACCAAGGCCCCUGCCCCGGUAGUGCCCACCUCUUCUCAGUUCCAAGUUCUGCAUCCGAAUCAUCAAUCACUUGAUACAUAAACACAAGGGUGAAAAAAACCUAAGGGCCAUGUUGUCUUUUCUUAAAGACAGGGUUAACAGUCAUGUUUUGCUUGUUAGAUAAUGGGGGAGGGGCAAUGGACCCCCCCCCCCUGCAGAGGGUUACCUCCACAUAGGAUUCAGGGAUGGUGAAAAGUGGGGCUUCCUUCUCUUUAGCUUCACUAAUUCCAGCUCGAACCAUGGGCUGCUGGCAUAUCCCAGCAUCCCCUCCACUCACAAAGUGCUGGGUGAGCCACCACCUGCGGCUCGUCUGAGAAAGAACAGAGAGAGCUUGCUGUCCUGUGGAAGAGGAGGAACGACUAAACAAAGGUCCACUUGGGGACCAGGCCUUGGUGGGCGUGGGGACAUAGGCUCAGGUGGCCAGGACAGUCCUGUCCAGAGGAGGGUAAGAGCCUCUGGAAACUUCUGUUUCUCUCCACAAAGUGUUGUGGGAGUGCUGGAGACAGGUUUUCUUCCCACACUAGAUUUACCUGCAGAAGUUGCCAUUUCUUCUGGGAAAGACAGGCGAGCCCUCGGGGGAAGGGAAACGAAGCAGAAUUUUGCUGGCACCCAGGCUGGGGGUGGCCAGUUUGGCAUAGGAGCGCACUGUGUGGUUCGAACCCCUCUCCGGGGGAAGACCCAAUCAGAGAUGCUGAUACACCCAACAUUUUGCCCUCAGUGUAGUCUUUUGAGCCCCUCAGAGCAAGGGCUGGCCCAGAGGCUGAGGCAGGCACCUGUGGUGAGGACCCUGAGUUUCCCACCAUCCUUCAGGAGGGCUGAGAACCAUGGUGAAAGCUGCUUUAGACCCAUGUGUAACUAUGCUGUCAAGAGCCGUAUUAAGAGACAUUAAAAGCUAUAUUGUAUGAAACUCACUGUUGUUAAGUGACUGUCUCAGUCCAUUCAACAGCACGUACCACAGGAUGUCCAGUUCUAGCCGGUACCUGUCCAAAAGGUAGAAACCAGGCCUGG